GCUCUUCAUCAUCCAGUAGCAAGUACUUUCAGAUCCGCAGCCGUAAAUUGGCUAAGUUCAAAGCUGCGCCGCGCGCAACAGCAGGUAGUUGCGGCACGAGGAGGUGCAAGUGCAGUUGCUGGCUGGCGUGCGAGUGCAACUGAACGAGCGUGCGGAGAUCAACGGAGAUCGUGCGUGUUCCUCUAUCUUCUUCCUUUGAUGGAUCUUAAUGGAUCUUCGUCCUUAUUGGGACGAAGUGUCACGGUUUGCUGAUUGUUUGAACUCGUUCGUCUGCGCGAUAAUUUCGGACGUGUAACGCCAUAGGUCGGCUAAAGUUAAGAAUCAGUGCGGCUGCAGUGACUGGUGAUAACCUCGGUGGUCGCGUUGACUUCUCACGCUCCAGUGCCGAGCUCCGAGGUCGGCGACGACGGCGAUAUCGGCGACGCGAACAGGACGAGAGCCCGCGACAUGUAACCGGACUCGGAGUACGCUUGUGUUAUUUGUAUUCUUCUUGAUGCAUCGCGCGUGGCUGAGCAACUACUCCACGUUAAAUCUGUGUGAUGAUCUCCGUAACGGUGAUAGUCAGCGAGCCGCAGUCGAAGCCGAGACUCCGAGGCGUUGGUAAGAUCCUCCCGAUUUGUUGACGAAGGCGAGGAGGAAAUGACGGAAAGCUUGAUAAACGAGUGGUUGGCGGACUGCAAGGAUGUCGCUCCGUCGGAGCUGCACAUGUUUGCCAGAACGCUCUCGGAGGACAAUGAGAUCGUGCGGGCACUCUAUGUGCUCUUGGAGGAGCGCACCAAAUACAGCGAGUUAAUAGACGAAGUGUGUAACCAGUUGUACAACUUUUAUCGGUCUCGAGAAAUAGAGUUACAAAGGUUCACUCUACAAUUUCUACCAACGCUAAUAUAUAUUUAUUUAAAUUCUGCUGCACAUGGUGAUAUUAAGAGUUGUCGCUCCCUUGAAACUCUGUUAAUUGGAUUAUAUAAUCUAGAAGUGGUCGAUAAAUCAGGACAACAAAAAGCAAUCUCAUUUAGAUUACCAUCCCUUGCUAUGCUAUCCAUAUAUCAUGAGCCUGCGAGUCUAGCACCAGCCUCACUAACAGAAAGUGCCGUACGUCGUUUUGAAGAGUGUAACUCGAAACUUGUAAGCUGGGGUCCAUUGCAACAAGUAGAAACAUUAAAUGCACAAAAUAGAUUGAAAGUUAUGACAGCCUUACUUUUUAUUUAUAAUCAACAACUUGGAUAUAUAAAUAAAUUUGCUCUAGAACAAUUGUGCAAGGUUGCAACAAAACUUGUUACUCAAGGAUUUAUGAAACCAGGACAUCAUCAACGUUCCUCUUAUGGCAGUGAGUCUAGCUUUGUUCCAAGGCUUUUACCACGUAUACCAGUAUCCAGCCAAUUCCUCUUGGAAUUCUUGCAUGCUGUAUAUUUUGCCAUGUAUAACGAAUGUUGGUAUGUAGGAACUCAAGCUAUAGAAGAUAUUCAUAACAGAGCAUGUUAUGAAGCAUAUCCAAAUGUAAUGUUAGUUACCAACGCUAUACGCAAUUCUGCCAGUUCUGGAGCACCAGGUCAACCAAGCGAUGGACCAAUUGGAAUUAGUGUUGCAUUGUCCCCAGCAACUACUACACCAACCAUUUCGAAGUCUAUGAUCACAAAUGCUUCCUUUCGUACUAAGAAAUUACCAGACGAUCUGGAUGAGAAGUUAUUUGCGGUCGAAUUGAGCAAUUAUCAAGCCGAGAAACAACAGCGACCGACAGUAUCAGGCAGCCACAAACGUCGUCCAUGGCAUUGGAAGCAUGCACUUCCAAAUUCGGUCGAUAAAAAGGAUACAGGUGCAGGGAAGGCGCAGUCUUCCUCCUCAUUGGAAAGUUCUAGACGUGGAAGUAUAUGCAGCAGCAGCCAAAGCUCGCCGAUAAAGUCCUCUCCUAAAAAGAGCAAAGAUCAGCAAUCAAAGAAAACAGUUAUCGACAAUAAGGACGAUAUUAGUCAGAAAACUAGAAAAGACAGUAACGUAAUGUGCGAUUCCACUUUUUCCGACGAUAGAUUGGCAGCUAAUGCUCAUCUAUAUAGCUUGUUAGAGGAACAGGCUCUGGGAGAGAUCAUUCGUGAAUCGGUGGAAAAUGUAUAUACAGAAGGCAACAGUAGAUCAAUGUAUUAUUGUGCCACUGCCGCACUGUCGUCAAACACAUGGUAUUAUCACUCCAGUUACAACACUGUAGGAUGGUAUGACAUACCAAUACAAGUUAUAAAAGAUGACACUACCGGAGAGGGUAAAGGUAACCUGGUGUCAAUCAUGGAGGAAUCAGAAUCAACAGAACCGAACCGUUUUGGUUCCAUGAGACAAUCAAAAGAUCAAAAGACUGCUUCGAAGAUUACAAAUUUCCCCGUGCUCGGAAAAAAACCUAAAGAGAAAGAAGGGAAGGUAACGAAAAAUGCUCACAUCGCAUCCGAGAAAGAGAAGAAGCUCGGCUCUCAAGCGACGUCAAAGGAGAGUAUUAAAGGGAGUUUAUCAAUGUUAAAUAGUGAACAGCAAGCAGAAAUUGACGCAAAUGUCAAUGGAUGUGCGAUUCGAAAGAAAAAUAACGUAGAAAAUAAUGCGAUCAUAAUAGAUCCAAAUGUGGCGUUGAUCGACGGUGAGAGACUGGCGUUAAGUAGAGAGACUGACGUUACCGAUGGUAGUAAUAUGGAAAAUUCUAUUAAUUUAAGAGCACACAAUGAAACAGAGUCCAUUGGUUCUUCUAUCCAAAUCAGCUCUGUUUAAUGACGAUAAAAAGUCUAUAAAAAAUGUUACAUAAAAAUAAUAAUAAUGGGCUGAAGUUAUUAAGCAAAUAAGCCAUUUUCUUCCAUCUAGCAAAAUCUUAUUAAAUCCAUGUAUAAUGUAUACACGUUGCCUUUUCCUAGAAUUAUUUAAGAUCACACGCACUAUUUUCUCAACAAUGUAUAUUGCCACUACAUUGUGCGAUACUUAUAAGGAUCGUAUAUUUUUUUGACAUGUAGUGCAAUUUUAGUCAGUUCAUUACUCUAUUGAUCUCCAUGAUAUAUAUAAAAAUGGGAGAGGGAACAAUAUGAAAGGUACACGGUUGUUUCGUUAAGUGUUUUAUGCAUAUUGGUAUAUAUUGACUAAUUUUUGUAACGAAAUCUAUAAUUUAUUCUAUAUAUUUUAUAAAUAUACGUCGUCAUAUAUUGUAAUACCUUUUUAUCCAGAUAUAGUUAUCGAACUUUACUUCUAGAGAUUAUAGAUUAUUACAAUUCGAGAAAAUGAGUAUUAUCACAAUGCAAUACAUAUGGAUAUAUAUUUGUGUUUAACCCAGAUGUGUGCCUUCAUGUAGUUGUAGUAUGUCUUUCUUUAUGGUUCCAAGUAUAUAAGUAAUAAAUUUAUAUCGGAAGAUACAUUAUAAUUGUCAUAAAUGCAGCAUAAAACGAAGAGUAGAGGUGAGUAAGAUGAAACGAGGAAAUGGAAUAUCUAUAACAAAGCUGCAGUGUCA